AUGUCAGGGGAGGACGACAUCACAUCAUUAUUAGAACAAAUUAAAAAAACAAAGGACAACAUAAUUGAGAGGCGCACGGUUGUCGAGAAUGAGUUAAAGAAAUACAAAGAGUGUCGUAUACAGUCCCAGAAGUCGUUAGACGAGUGGGUUGUAACAUCGCCUUCAAAGCUUGUUGAAGAGAAGAUGAUGCCUCCAGAGGAGCAGUACAAGAUGCCGCCAUCUUUUGUGGUGUUAAAGCGUGUAGUUCAAGGCAGAGAUUGGCACUAUGGUCGUUCGGAAUUGAAAGAGCAGAAGGGGGUUGUCUUUUCUGCGAAAAUGAAUGGGAGUAUAACAGUGAGGUGGGACGAUGGGGAGAAGACGCAUUGUCGUUGGGGCCAAGAUGGCUUUUAUGACGUUUUAGUUGUUCCACCCAACUUUGACCAGACGCCAAUCCCGAUGAGUCAACAAGCCGGUAAGCCACUUAGUUUCAUAGUUGGAAGAAGAAUUAAAAGAGGACGCGAUUGGAAAUGGAGUGAUCAAGAUGGUGGAAAUGGGAAACUUGGGUAUGCUAUAGCCAGUGCUGGAAAUGGGUGGAUAUGUGUGAGAUGGGACACUGGUAAUGUGAACCAAUACCGAUGGGGAAAUGAAAACUGCUAUGAUGUCGAGGUGGUAUAUUAA